AUGGCAUCUACCACGCAGACACUUUUAGGAUGGAGUUGGCGACGCCAUGGCAGCGACGAAGAAUGGCACGCCAGCGCUCAUUCUAAGCCAACGACGGAGAUCUUCGUAGAUCUGCUUGAUGCAAAUGUCAUUCCAGAUCCGUUCCUUGACCAAAAUGAACGACUUGUGCAGUGGGUGGGUGAAACUGAUUGGGAGUAUCGGUGCGAGUUUCUCCAUGAGCCCAACUCUAGCCACUCACGACAGGAUCUCGUCUUUCAAGGCCUAGAUACCUACGCCACUGUCUUUCUGAAUGAACAUCCAAUACUAAGUUCCUCCAACAUGUUUCAUCGCCACCGUGUGGAUGUGAGGGAUGUCUUGAAGAGGGGUGCCAAUACUUUGCGCAUCGUCUUUCGAAGCGCGCUGCUCGAAGGUCGUGCUCUUCAAGAGAAGCAUGGCAAGUAUCGCGCAUUCAACGGAGAGGGAUCUAGACUGCAUGUUCGCAAGGCUGCAUAUCACUAUGGCUGGGACUGGGGUCCUCUACUUCUCUCGUGUGGUCCGUAUCGCGAGAUACACCUUGAGAGUUAUACCUCAAUCGUGUAUGAUGUCUUUGCCGACGCUGAAGUUGCGGAAGAUCUGCGGAAAGCUACAUUGAACGUCUAUUGGGACGCUCACUUUGAUACAAAAAGCGAUGUUGAGGUUAUCGUCACAUCUCCCAGCCAGCGUAAUUUCCACAGUAUGUCUGCAAUGGAUACGGGCAAUUCCCAGAAUAGUGUCUCUUUUAGCAUCCCUCAACCGGAGCUAUGGUAUCCCGUUGGUCAUGGACCACAGGCCUUGUACACCGUUGUGGUGCGUGCUUGUAGCAAGGGCAGAGAGACGUUACACACAAGCACCAUAAGUCUAGGUAUACGUCGCGUGCGGCUAGUGCAAGAUGUCUUGGUUGAUGAGCCUGGCACCAGCUUCUUCUUCGAGGUGAACAACCAACCAAUUUACAUUUCAGGAACCAAUUUUAUCCCUGAUCAUUCCUUCUUGACGGCUCUGACCCCAAAAGACUACACGGCGACAGUUGAGAGCUGCCUGCAGGGCAAUCAAAACAUGCUGCGAGUCUGGGGCGGUGGCAUCUAUGAGCACGAUGCCCUCUACGCUGAGUGUGAUCGUCGGGGUGUGCUUGUUUGGCAAGACUUCAUGUUUGCUUGCGGCCAGUAUCCCUGUUACCCAGAAUUUGCAGAGAGCGUCAAGAAGGAAGCCGCAGAUCAGCUCAAGCGGCUAAGAAACUAUUGCUCCAUCGUUAUCUAUGCAGGUAACAACGAAGACUACCAAGUAAUUGAAGAUCUCGGACUGCAGUAUGAUCCUGAUGACCACUCUGGCGACUGGACGGGCACAAACUUCCCCGCUAGAACUAUCUACGAAAACUACCUUCCAGCCGCCAUGAAACAAUACGCACCCAACGUGCCGUAUCAUCCCGGGUCCCCUUGGGGCGGCAAAAGAUCAGACGACCGCACAGUUGGUGAUAUUCAUCAGUGGAAUGUAUGGCACGGCAGCCAGGAGCCAUACCAGUUAUGGGACAAGCUCACGGGGCGCUUCGUCUCCGAGUUUGGCAUGCUAUCCUUUCCCUCAGUUAACUCUGUACCUCGGUUCGUGACCGAUCUUGCGCAGAGGCACCCCCAGAGCGAGGUGGUGGAUCUGCAUAAUAAGGCCGAGGGCGGCGAGCGCAGGAUGGCGGCUUAUGUCUUGAAAAAUAUGAGAGUAGACUCGAUGCGUCUUGAGAGCUGGACUUAUGCUACGCAGCUAAUCCAGGCUGAAUGUCUGGCGUUCGCGGUGAGGAGUUGUCGAAGACAGUGGAAGGGCCCCGGCCGUGAGUAUUGUGGCGGCCAACUCAUCUGGCAGCUGAACGAUUGCUGGCCAGUCUCCAGCUGGGGUAUGAUCGACUUCUACGGAGAGCGCAAGUUGGCCUUCUACUCGACCAAGCGAGAGUCAGCACCAAUUGUCAUCGCCAUCCACCGCUCUACGCCUGAGCUCAAACGUUGCAAGUCGCCGCCGAUUCCAAUCCCAGGUGCUCCCCAUGAUCUUGCCAAGAAGUCGUACGUCUUCGACAUCUGGGCCGUAAACACCACGCUGCAGGAAGCAGACGUGAAAGUCGUGGUGCGCCUUUUCGACACGGAGACAGGUCAGCUCCGCGAAGAAAGGAUUUUACAGCGACAGGUCCUCCUUUCAAAUCGCUCCACGGAGUUGCUCGAGGAUGAAAAGGUGGAUGAGAAGACGGCUGUGCAGGCCCUCCUGCUUGCGAACAACCAAAUCAUUUCCCGUGCAUCGGACUGGCCGCAGCCACUGAAAUAUGUUCAUCUCCCAACCUCUUACCAUAUCAAUCUUAAAGUUCUAGAUGAUGGGGUUGAGGUCACUUCUGAUGCGCCAGUAAAAGGUCUCGAGCUCUACACGACGAAUGACGGGCGCAGGAUAUGCUGGGAGGAUAAUUGUGUUGAUGUGUUCCCUGGUGACAAGUAUGUUAUCAAUGCAAAAGGGUUGGCGAAAGGAGAUGAAGUAUGA